AUGCCGGCAGCCUGUGUGAUUUACUUUGGCAGGAUCCUGUUCAGCGACCCUUGGCGGCUGAAUUGCUGCAAGAUCCAUGGCUCAGACGAGAAGGCCAUCGUCGGGACCCACGGGAUAAUCUUCUCUGCUUCUUGGCCCAUGCUCGGAGCUCUGGUGCGUGAGAUGUGCCAGCUCCAGCCGGACAGGCGGUGCAGCGCCAAGAGCGCCAGGUCCUCGGCUCUCUUGGUCAAAUCUGCGGAGCCUGCCGCUGGUUGGUUGUUUGACUUUUGUGCGCUUGGGGCAAAGUCUUACACAAGAUGGCGAGUCGGGAGGGAUGCGCAAAGUGUGACAGCAGACGGACUGUCAUCUCCUGUCAUUUCCAAGGACGACAAAGCCUGCACGUACCGAUCUGGAAACCAAAACGGAAGCAAGCUUCGGCGCCCUGCAGUGCCACAGUACUCAAAGGACAACUAUGAGCUCGAUGAAGAUGGGGCCAAGGCAGCCCCGGGCUCUCAAAGAAGCCAAGACUGGAAUGCGAAAGCCUUCGGAGCUUCCGGGCUGGAUGAUGCGGCUUUCGACCAGGAAAGGCUCUUGGAAUAUGUGUGGGCACGACCCUGGGAGAUCUUGCAGCGCUUGGCCUCCACUCUGUCCAUUGCGUUUGGGAUAUGGUGGGCAUGGAGGGAUCGCAAGAGUGAAGCGACCAGCGAGACUCUGCUCACGACGUCCCUCUCCCGCAAGGGUCCGAAGACAGAGAGUGGCGAGGCCCUGCGCCAGGGCCUGCAGCGCAUGGGCGUCUUCUUCGUGAAGAUAGGCCAGACGGCAGCGCAGCGACCUGAUAUUGUUGGGGACGAAGUGGCCGAGGAGUUGAAAGGGCUCCAAGAGCAAAGCACGCCCUUCAGCGAUGACUUGGCACUCACAAUCUUGGCCGAAGAUUUGCAGCAGAAGGGCCCCUUAGCUCCGGGGGUCUGUGCCAAAAAUUGCACCGACUCCGAUGGGGAACCACUUCUCAUGGAGCUGAACCCGAAGUACGUUGCUUCUGCAUCCCUGGGGCAAGUCUAUCGAGGCAGGAUGCAUGACGGGCGUGAGGUGGCGCUGAAGAUCCAGAGGCCCGGGGUGCGCGAAGUCCUGGGACUCGACUGGGCGGUUGCGACACUGGUGAGUCGAGCGUAUCAAAAACUGGUUUCUUCACCGAACGACUAUGGCGCUGUUGUGGAUACAGUGGCACGUGGAGUUCGAAUGGAGCUGGAUUACUACAACGAGGCGGCAAAUGCCGAAGAGUUUGCCCAGCGACACGCAUUUCUCCCGUUUGUGACUUCACCCGGAUGCAUACCGCAGCUCAUGGGCCCUCGCGAAAGCUCACGCGUGCUUGCUUUAAACUGGUACCCUAGCCGCUCGCCAAAGGAGCUGCCCUUGCAAGAGCGGAGACUGUUGGUGGAAAUGGCCGUCGAGGCUUGUGUUGUACAGCUGCUAGUAACUGGCUUCGUUCAUGCAGAUCCGCACGAGGGCAAUCUCAGGAUGGGCGAUGAUGGUCGUGUGGUCUUUCUGGAUUUUGGUCUCAUGGACCGUGUGGACUUCGGAAUCAUGGAGAGCUGCGCCGCCGGAGUUCGUCAGGUUCUGGACAAAAACUGGCUAGACCUGACAACGACGUUUCAGGAUGUUCGCUUCACUCCAAAGCCGCUCAUGAAGAACAUGGCCUAUGGAAAGUCAAAAACUCCGCAAUACGAGCCUUGCGGUAACGAAGAGUUUGCUGUGGCCGUCGGGGAGCAGAUCGAGAAGGAGGCAGGCGGUCAGUCUCGCUUUGGAGCCAUGGCAGUGGCCUUGAAGAAGCUAUCGGAUCGUUAUCUGAUGUUAACUCCACCGUUUAUCGCCCUUCUAUGCCGGACGUUUAUCACGUUGGAGGGCCUUCUGGGAGAUGAUCCUGCCCUGGUGGAGUCUUACAACGUGUACCAGAAAUCGCUGCCAUUUGCCAUCAGUCGCCUUCUGUCGCCUCGCACCAGGAAGGGUUGCAGGGCUUUGCGCAGCACUCUGCUGGACAGCCGGGAAGAUCAAGAAGCGAGUGGAUCCAGCCAGGCCUCACAGGGAGGCUCCAUUAUCCCGAACUGGUCAAGUUUGAGUACUCUUCUUACUGCAGGGUCCCAGACGGAAGCUGAUGCCGGAGACGGCUUGCUCGACUUCGCGGACUUGGGGGCGGAAGCGGCAGUGCAGCGCAGACUUCUCCGAACGGCGGAAGGCGCGGCUUUGCGCCGUGUCCUGUUUGACAUCGAUGUCUUUGAGGCAUGUCGCAGCUUCCUAACUUCCCCAGAUGCUGCCCCCUUGCGUGAUGCUGCUAUUGGGUCGCUGGCUGGUCGAUGGUCUGGCAAGCGAAAGCGUCAAGGCAAGAAAAAGCGACGCGGACCUCGCAGCACGGCGGCUGCCAGGGGCUGGGGCGACUGGUCUGAGGACGACCCCUUUCGCCUGUCAAAGACCACGCUCGCUCACUCCCGUCGUGCUUGGCGGAUCAUCCUGAGGCGGCAGUUGAGAAAGUCGUGCUUGCCUCCCUGGCGGCUUUGCUGGCGAAUUCUUCUGCUUUGUGUGCAGGUGUUGCCUGCCAGCUCCGCCCUUCUGGUGCGAGCCGCCUUGCAGUCGCGUUCGAGGCGCUGA